AUAUAAAUCUACUGCUACCUACAUCAUCGUCUUCUAGUCACCGUACCGCAUGAUUGCACUCAAAUCGUGCAAACUUAUGCUUACAAAUGCAUUACUUUGUUCAGAACAAUUGUAACAUUGACCGUCUUAAUGCACAACACUUGGCUUAGCGAUUGAAAUAAGUAUAAUAACCAGAUUAACGGGUCGAAGCGCGCUUUGUAGAUGUGCUUUUCGUUCAGUUGAAAUCGAAACUUCCAACCGAAUCAGUCUAGUCGUUGCUCAAUAAAUAUGGGCAAAGUGAAUACAUGCGAUUCGCCAAAUCCUUUGAAAAACAGUAUCGCUGACAAAUAUGGCAAAAACGGUGCCGUCCACAUAUUUACCGGAAAUGAGAAACAGAGAAAAGUGUUGACCACUCCGGUCAUUUGGGACCGUAAUGUCGAUCGAGUUCGUCCAUAUUUGGAGAAUGAAUGGGCCAACUAUGAGAACACUCCGAAUCGCCAGGCGGAAGAGACCUUUCAUCGUUUGAGAAGUAGGCUCGGUCGUAACAACGAGGACGAGGGCGAUUCGUCGGGUUUCGAUAUGUACCGAAAUGUGGUGGAGAAUGCGUUGAAUGUGGCCUUUCUGGCGGCCAACUCCAAUCAUCUACGUCUGCUGACCGAAUAUCAGGAGCAAACCGAAACGUAUCAGGUGUGCGUGGGGAUGUUGAUCAUGUCCUUGAUUCUACAGAUUUUGCUCGGCGUUUCGAUGGUGACCAUAUCGGUAAAUAGUGACCAGCGUUGGAAGAAGCUUAAGAUGUUUGCAUCUAUUGGGGUUGCUGCUAUAGCUAUUAUGAACAUUAUUGUGCUGUCUCUGGUGAAUGCAGUAUUGUUAUAG